AUGAAAGUGUGUGCGGUUUUCCCGAUUAUUCUUUGGCUUUUGGGACCACCUUGCGUGGAAGUCCUUUCAAUCCAAGGAUCGUAUAGUGUUGAAUGGAAUAAUAUCAACCAAAAUGCUAUAUUACCCUUUUUGAAACGCGAAUCACAUGGGUGCGUAACAUCUUCGGUACCAAAUUCCACGUACUGUGAAUCCUUAUCGAAUGGUUUUUAUGAAUAUCCCUACAACUGCAACGCCUAUAUAUCAUGUUAUGAUUCUUGUGCUGAUUUGGAGUACUGUCCCGACGGAAAGCUGUUCAACAAUCCUCUGCAGAUUUGCGAUACUCCAGGGACCGUCGACUGCGAACCGUUGCCAUAUCCAACACCUGCACCCACAGAAUCUCCACCGGUAGAUCCUUGUUUGGGCAUAAAAAACAGCACUUUACUGCCCUCCGCAGAAAAUUGUAAUGAGUUUUACGUGUGCGUGAAUCAGCAAAGUCAUAUUUAUCAGUGUCCCGGUGAGAUGCUUUUCAAUCCGGAUUUGAAUAUUUGCGAUGAUAAGGAUAACGUGUGGUGUUAUGGUGACCGUACUACUGAAGAUCCGUGGGAUACCACAACUCCGGCUGAGGAGUCCUUUACAAAGUGCGAGGACCAAGAGCGGGGAACCUCUUUUCCGGACCCACAAAACUGUCAGCAAUACUAUUACUGCUGGGGCAACAAUUCCUACACCAUAUUUCCAUGCCCCGUCGACAAUUGGUACAGCCCGAUCAGCGGCAACUGCGGUCCCGAUAUAGCACCAGAAGCUUGCCGAGAAACCGCUCCAACCACGACACCAACUAUUGUUACUACAUCAUCCACAACUGUAGCCCCAACAUCGCCGGAAGAUGAUGGCGCUAAUUCAUGUGCUGAUCAAGAACUGGGUGCUAGCUUUCCCAUUAAAUCCGACUGCCAGUCCUACCUUCUCUGCCUCAAUAACGGCGAAUCAAUGACUGCAAAAUGCAUUGCGAAUGCCUGGUUCGAUCCCAAAACUGGGGAAUGUGGUCCCAAUGUGUCACCCACUGCGUGUCUUGAAUCCUUUGAGACCACUACGAAUGCGCCAACGACACAAGCUCCGAAAGAUCCUUGUGCCGAUCAAGAAUUGGGAGUCUCGUACCCACUCGUCACAAAUUGUCAGCAAUAUAUUCUCUGCAUGGGAAACGGAGAGUCCGCCAUUGCCAAUUGCAUUUACAACUCCUGGUUCGAUCCGCAAACCGGCAAUUGUGGCCCUGAUGUGUCUCCGACUGCGUGUCAGGAAUCUGGAGCUACCACCGCUUCCACCACAACUGAAGCCACCUCUACACCCACAACACCUACGUCCAAUACCCAGGAAACCACCACCAAUCCUCCGGAUAUUUUAGACAUUUGUUCCGGGGAGAGUGAUGGAUAUUAUGCCACGUAUCCCGAGGUGUGCAACAAAUACAUAGUGUGCGCUAGUCCUGUACCCAUUGCAUUUUACUGUCCAGAGAGCUUGUUUUUCAACGAGGCUCUGCAGAGAUGCGUGGAGUGGGAAUCCAGUGAUUGUUCGAAUGGAGAGACCACAACAGAAUCGCCAGGACUAACAACUCCUAGCCCCGACACUCCACUCUGUGCCAAUAACACUGGCCUUAAAUUGCCCUACGAAGAAAAUUGCCAAUGGUAUUUAUAUUGCACAGACGAGGACACCUACAUGAUGGGUAUUUGUAGCAGUGAGGAAUAUUUCGAUCCGUGGACCGGGCAAUGUGGUUCUGGUGUUUCGCCCGAAGCAUGUCGUGAAAUCGAAACCACAUCACCUUCAGUUACAGAGACCACAGAAGGUCCAACCACGGUAAUAACACCGAGUACUCCAGGUUCGCAACCAGAUCCCUGUGAUGGAGCUCCUGAGGGAAAACUAGUUCCCUAUCCGGACGACUGCACCAAGUUUAUACAAUGUAUUCAGCCCGUUCCUAUCGUUUAUAACUGUCGCGAGGGUCAGGAAUUUAGUGCCGCCCAGGAAAGAUGUAUGGCUCCGUGGUACGCAAACUGUUCUAUUCCGGCUACAACAAUCCCUCCCGUAACUACGCCGACUACGACUACAACCACCAUAAAGCCUUCGCCGGAUGGCAUUUGUGCGGAAAAGGCCGAGGGAUCACUGGUGCCCUAUCCCGGAAAUUGUAGCAAGUACAUAGUUUGUGAAGAACCCAUUCCGGUGGGUUAUGCCUGCCCGGAGGGAGAGGAGUUCAAUCCCACGAUUCUCACUUGUACGGAUCCCAAGCUGGCGGGCUGCAGUCCAAGUGCUUUGCUCAUUUUACCGAAACACUUUUCACCGAAAUCGAAAUCAGAGGAUUAAAGCUUUUCUUUGUGGCAGUCCUUAAAAACGAUUGCUAGUUUUGUUACCGCAUUGUAA